CUCCCAUGGCACAGUAAGGUCUUAGCCGUAACAGCUGUUACUUGCAGUCUUUAACGUUAUACAAUUUCCAUAGUGAAUAAAGUAAGGGAAUUACCAGAUCUAAUGACGCUUCGAGAAUCAGUACGAAAACUAUAGUGGGUUACGAUAUAAUCUCCGAGAGAUAUCGAUUUCGCACUUGGUGAUUCUGUUUAUUGUUUUACCCUGUUUUCGUAGGAUUUUUGGUUAGAUUCAGUGGCUUAAGUGACAAAAAUCAAUAGCAGAUUGGUAUUGGCUUCAAGGACAUUAUUGUGACGUCAGAAGUGUACUUGUCUUCGGCUACCCAAGCGUAAAAGAUGGCUGGAGGAGGUGAUCCGAAAUGGCAAAAAGAUGCUGGCGACCAAAAUUUCGACUACAUGUUCAAAUUGCUGAUUAUUGGGAACAGUUCUGUCGGGAAGACUAGUUUUCUAUUUCGCUACGCGGACGACUCGUUUACAUCAGCGUUUGUGUCUACUGUGGGCAUUGAUUUCAAGGUCAAAACGGUGUUCCGACACGACAAACGUGUUAAACUUCAAAUAUGGGAUACAGCAGGUCAAGAGCGCUACCGUACAAUUACAACUGCAUACUACCGUGGAGCUAUGGGCUUUAUUCUCAUGUAUGAUAUCACUAACGAAGAAAGUUUCAACAGUGUACAAGACUGGGUGACGCAGAUAAAGACUUACUCGUGGGACAAUGCUCAAGUCAUUCUGGUCGGUAACAAAUGUGAUAUGGAGGAAGAACGCGUCAUCAGCCAAGAACGUGGCAAGCAGCUCGCUGACCAGCUUGGCGUCGAGUUUUAUGAAACGAGCGCCAAGGAGAAUGUCAAUGUCAAGACCGUGUUCGAGCGACUAGUAGAUAUUAUCUGUGACAAGAUGUCUGAGAGCUUGGAUUCGGAACCACAGAACAUGUUGGCUGGUGGGGCUCGAGGCCAAAAGCUUUCAGAGCAGCCCCAAGGAAACAACAAUCCUAAUUGUAACUGUUAAUAAUACUAAACAAAACCUCUCAUUCCUGCCUUGAAAAUACUGGAAUUGAUAACAAAAUUAUAAUUCACUUAAUCCUUCGCAAACAUUCGUCCAGUAUCUUCAAGGGUUAUUUUUAUAAAAAUUAUUUUUUAUAUUUCAGUAAACACCUUUACUUUAAUGAUUUUAGGUUAGUUUAAAAUUGAGUAUUAGCUUAGAUCUUAAGUAGCCACUAUUGAUUGGAGCUGGAGUAGGGAUCUGAUACUUGUGUAUUUAAUAUGUUUUAUUCUAAGAUGUAUGCAAUAUUCAAUAUAACCGUGCUUCGCGUUUUAUUUGCAUCGACAACGAGUAUGUAUAAAAUAUUAAAUGCGCGAUUGACUUGGCCAUUGGACCAAAGUUUCAAAGAAAUGGGCGCAAAGUAUUUUUAGAAGUAAUUUAAAAGUUGAAGGCGUUUAAACAUAUUUUUGCGUAGAUCUUUCCGCGCUAUAGUAAAAAUUGCAUUACCACAAAACGACACUCGAUAAAUAUCACAUGGGUGACUUGUAAAUAUGUUUCUUGGUGUAUAAAAAUUAUUGUAUAGCGUACGUAUAAAUCUGUUUGUAUUCUUGUUAUCUGCUAAGUAAUGUUAUGUAUAGGCUUUAUUUGGCAGUAGUCUAUAUGAAUUUUUAACUGCUUAAUUAAUGUGUAUGAAACACGUUAGAAUUAUCUGUUCUAGAAGACAUAGACAAUACUAUUUAUAUCAAUUUCUGUUGAAAUCUGAGCACAUAACGUAAUCUAUUGCUAAGUAGUUUUAUUAGUUUUUAAAUUUCUGUAGUUCGUAAGACACUUUUUUUAUUAUUGUUAGUAAAAUGUAAUCAAGGUUUAGAAUUUUAUUUAUAGGUGUUGAGUGUUGAAUUUGUAAUCGAAUUGUUGUUCAUAAUAAAUGUUUAUUUGGAUUGGCUCUAAGAUAAUACAAAAACAGACCAUUUUGUGUCAAUUGAUGUAUUCUAUUAUCUAGUUGGUACCCUUCCGCUAAAUUACGACAUACCGAAUGGUCAAGCUAAUCUAAAAAUCUACUAAAUUAUAUAAAAGCUAGAAAAUUAUAUUACUCUUAUUAUGAAGGAUUCACUUGAAGAAUUUACUUGUAUUGUUAACAAGGCCUUAAGUGAAUAAAAAUGUAUCUUCAUACUAUAAAAUACUACACUGUCCUACAGAUAUUAAAUUUCUUGUUAAUACAAUAAAAAAAAACACGGCAAACACAAAAAAAACAAAAUAACAUUUUUACCGUAAUCAAUUAUAAUUUUUGUAAUAAAUAGCUGCUCACUGAAGUAUUUUCGAACCAAUUGAAGGUCAUACCAAUGUUGUAAGAGGCAAUGCACUUGCGAGCCUUCUGGCCAUCAGUAUACGUGGGCGUAAUACGAAACAUCAAAUGAACCUCCUGCAAGUUAGUUAUAUAUUGAGCCUUACAGAUUGCGGAAUGGGCGUCAAUUAAAAAAAAUACGCCAUUUGUAAAUUUCAGCGAGCCGAAAUGAAAUCGGCUCUUGCAAUAUUCGUUAAUACCUUAACGAUAUAGAAGUAAAAGAAAAUCUUCCCCUGUUUAAAUUCACUUCCGUUUUUGACAGUUGUACUCAGAGACGUCCAUUUUCUCUAAUGGUAGAUUAAUAACGGUGUAGCCGCUGUAAUGUAAUCUUGAUUGAGUAAAAUAACAACCUAUUUUAGGCUCUGAUUAUUAACACCUAAUAAUAAGCAUUUACACUUAAUGAACGACUCUGAGAACAUGUUGGACAUUUAAGUAUUGCUGUCUAUUUAUGGCAUUAUUCCAUAUUUUACUGAAAGCGAUUAGGUAGAUGUAUGGUUUGAGUAGAAUGUUAAUGAAGGUUGUACGUGGUUAAGGCUUAUUUAUCGUAUAGAUAAAAGGGUGUUAUUGGCAUAUCGUAAGGAAUGGCUUAGGUUUUGACUUUCUUUGAUAAAACAUACUACGUAAUAUUGUCUUUUAUAUUAUUAGAUUAUCUAAUAAUGAUAUUUCUGAAGUACUACGCUACAAACUGAUAUAAAGCAUAGGAAAGCGAAAUGCCCUUUUCACGUAGAGCAGAGGUAAGCUGACUCAAAGGUUUAUAAACUCAAUGACCGAAUCUUCACUUUAAAAACAACUUUAAUGUUUUU